AUGCGUGCAGAUGUUAUCGACGAGUUCACAACCUCUUCCAUCCGUGAAAUGCCGAUGGAAGAACUCUGCUCCUUCUGCAACGUGCAAUGGCACCAAAUGAUGCAAACGUCCCCGUACUCCCACUACGACAAUAACUACAAAUCGAACCUUGAACACAUCAACAGGGCCUGCGGCCUCACCAUCCUAACAGACAUCCCGAAGCUCACGCUCUUCGAAAACCCACACGUAGAGUGGGGCCCGUACUGCCCGACCCAUCUUUUAUACACCACUUCAGCGGGGGACACAUGCGACGGCAUCGCGGCGCAGUUCAAGGUUGCCUCGGCAGCUGUUCGAGGUGUGAAUUGGUCGCCUAUCGACUGUUUCGCUAUUCCCGAGGGGAAUCAGACCCGCACACCAAAACAAAUCGAUAUCGAUAACGUCGACGUUUCUUCAACCCCACCACCCAUCGACGGCAAAGCGCCCUGA